AUGGCGGUGGGCGUCAUCGACGUUGUCUCGAACAACGGUGUCAAUGUCCAUCUUUUCUCUCGAUUUCUCGCUUGCACAUCCAGCAACACCGUCAUGAUAUCCAGAUUUGCGAAAUCGAUAUUCUUAAUCGUUGGUUUGAUGCUGGUGUUGACGACGCUGGCAAUGCUUCACCCACCGUCAAGGUCAUAUAUCGAUCCUUGGACAGGCCAGCUGUUUGGAGAGGGUGGUGUGGAGAAGUCGUUGAAUAAUGGACACACGAAUCAACCGAUAUUGGGUGUCGACGGAGGGGUGAUUAUGGGGAAGCUGGGGAACGAGACGGCGAAGGCAGCGCUUGGUCGUGCUACCUGGAAGCUCAUGCAUACCAUGACACUUCGAUACCCAGAGAACCCUACACAAGACGAGAGAGAUGCUCUCAGGUCAUAUUUCUACCUCACAUCUAGACUAUAUCCAUGUGGAGAAUGUGCAGCGGAAUUCCAAGCGCUUCUGAAGAAAUUCCCGCCACAGACAUCCUCUCGCCGUUCUGCCUCACUAUGGCUAUGCGCAGUCCACAACGAAGUCAACAAAAGACUGAAGAAGCCGCAAUUCGACUGUGCCCAUCUGGAUGACGAGUACGACUGUGGCUGCGGUGACGAACCUGCCGUCAAAGGUGGGGAAGGGUUUAAUGAGUCUGACAAGGGGACAGACGACCUCACUGGUGCAGAUAUGAUUCGUGGUGGCUAA